GCAGGCCGGCCGGCAGCAUGGGGGAGGCCGCGGAGCCCCGCGAGCUCAGGAAGACGUUCAUCGUGCCCGCCAUCAAGCCCUUCGACCACUACGACUUCCCCCGCGCCAAGGUCGCCUGCAACCUGGCCUGGCUGGUGGCCAAGGCCUUUGGCACAGAAAAUGUGCCAGAGGAACUACGAGAACCAUUUUACACAGAUCAGUAUGACCAAGAGCACAUCAAACCACCUGUUGUUAACUUGCUUCUGUCGGCUGAACUCUACUGUCGUGCUGGCAGUCUCAUUCUCAAGAGUGAUGCAGCAAAACCCCUCCUAGGCCAUGAUGCUGUAAUCCAGGCUCUCGCACAGAAGGGUCUUUAUGUCACUGACCAGGAAAAAUUGGUAACGGAACGAGAUCUCCACAAGAAACCCAUACAGAUGAGUGCUCAUUUGGCCAUGAUAGAUACCCUAAUGAUGGCUUACACUGUAGAAAUGGUCAGUGUCGAGAAAGUAAUUGUGUGUGCUCAACAGUAUUCAGCCUUUUUUCAAGCCACAGAUUUACCCUACGACAUUGAGGAUGCUGUCAUGUAUUGGAUCAAUAAGGUAAAUGAACACUUGAAAGACAUAAUGGAACAAGAACAAAAGUUGAAAGAACAACACACAGUUGAAGCACCAGCAGGUCAAAAGUCACCUUCCAAAUGGUUUUGGAAACUGGUUCCAGCUCGUUACAGGAAAGAGCAAACAUUGCUUAAACAAUUACCUUGCAUUCCCCUGGUAGAAAAUUUGUUGAAAGAUGGUACAGAUGGCUGUGCUUUAGCAGCACUUAUUCAUUUCUACUGUCCUGGUGUUGUCAGACUGGAGGAUAUUUGCUUGAAGGAAACAAUGUCUUUGGCUGAUAGCCUGUAUAAUCUGCAGCUGAUUCAAGAAUUUUGCCAAGAGUAUUUGAACCAGUGUUGCCAUUUCACUCUGGAAGAUAUGCUGUAUGCUGCUUCAUCUAUAAAGAGUAAUUACCUGGUCUUCAUGGCAGAACUCUUCUGGUGGUUUGAAGUGGUGAAGCCUUCAUUUGUGCAGCCUCGAGUUGUCAAUCUGCAGGCAGCUGAACUUGUGAAAGAUACACCUUCGCUUCCUGUCUUGAAUGCUGCCAAAAGAAGUGUAGUGGAUAGUUCGUGUAGUUCUGACUUCCCUUCAAGGCAUUCACGUCCCCAAGCGCAUUCUUCAGCCUCAGGAGGAAUUAGAAGGUCUUCAUCUAUGUCUUAUGUUGAUGGCUUUAUAGGAACAUGGCCCAAAGAGAAAAGAUCAUCGGUGCAUGGAGUUUCAUUUGAUAUUUCUUUUGACAAAGAAAGUAGUGUACAGAAACCCACUCCAAACCGUGGAAUCACUCGUUCUAUUAGUAAUGAAGGACUUACCACGAGUAAUCGUGCAUCUAAACACAUUAGGAAAAAUUUGUCCUUUAAGCCAGUAAAUGGAGAAGAGGAAGCAGAAAGCAUUGAAGAAGAACUUAACAUAGACUGUCACAGUGACCUCAAAUCUUAUGUGCCCCAUAAUAGGAAUAAUAUAAAUUCUAAUGAGAAUAUUCGUUACAAGGUUCCAAAUGGAGCUUUGCAAAAUAGAAUACUUCUUGAUGAGUUUGGCAAUCAGGUUGAGACACCAAGCAUUGAAGAAGCACUACAGAUAAUUCAUGAUACUGAAAAAUCUCCUCAUACCCCUCAGCCAGACCAAAUUGCUAAUGGCUUCUUUCUUCAUAGCCAGGAAAUGAGUAUCCUAAAUUCAAAUAUCAAGCUAAAUCAAUCUAGUCUUGAUAACAUCACUGAAACAAAAGGUGCCUUGAGUCCCGUAACUGAUAACACUGAAGUAGACACUGGAAUCCAUGUCCCUUCGGAAGAUAUUCCUGAGACUAUGGAUGAGGAUUCUUCUUUGAGAGAUUAUACUGUAAGUUUAGAUUCAGACAUGGACGAUGCAUCAAAAUUUCUUCAUGAUUAUGAUGUCCGAACCAGCAACCCCAGAGAAUCUUUGAGUCCUUGUCCAAGUACUGUAAGUACCAGGUCACAGCCAGGCAGCAGUGCUUCAUCUAGUUCUGGAGUUAAAAUGACAAGCUUUGCCGAACAGAAGUUCCGGAAACUAAAUCAUACCGAUGGGAAAAGCAGUGGGAGCAGCUCUCAAAAAACAACACCCGAGGGCUCUGAACUUAAUAUUCCUCAUGUGGUCGCUUGGGCUCAAAUUCCAGAAGAAACAGGCCUUUCUCAAGGACGAGACACUACCCAGCUAUUGGCCUCUGAAAUGGUGCAUCUGAGGAUGAAGCUAGAAGAAAAGCGACGUGCUAUAGAGGCCCAGAAGAAGAAAAUGGAAGCUGCUUUUACCAAACAGAGGCAGAAAAUGGGAAGGACAGCAUUUCUGACUGUGGUGAAAAAGAAAGAAGGAAUUUCUCCUCUUCGAGAGGAAGCAGCCGGUGCAGAAGAUGAGAAAGUAUAUACCGAUCCAGCAAAAGAGAAGGAGCCACUGAAAGCUAAUGGACAGAGGAGCAAAUCUCUGGCUGACAUCAAAGAAAGCAUGGAGGUUCCUCAGGCCAAGUGGCUAAAGUCUCCAACAACACCUGUGGAUCCGGAGAAGCAGUGGAACUUGGCAAGUCCCACAGAAGAAACCUUAAAUGAAGGAGAGAUCUUAGAAUAUACCAAGUCCAUUGAGAAGUUAAAUUCAUCCCUGCAUUUUCUGCAACAAGAAAUGCAGCGCUUGUCACUUCAGCAGGAGAUGUUGAUGCAGAUGAGAGAGCGAGAACAGCAGUCAUGGGUGAUCUCACCUCCCCAGCCCUCUCCACAGAAACAGACUCGGGAGUCAAAGCCUUCCCGGCAACCCGGAGUUUCCUCGACCAUUGCUUCCUUCUCCUCAGACUCCCCUCGGCCCACUCACCCAUCGCCACAGUCUUCUCACAGAAAGAGCGCCUCUUUUUCCACUAAAAAUCAAAGGACUCCAAGGCCAAAUGACUUAAAAAUAACACCUUUGAAUCGAACAUUGACACCCCCGAGGUCUGUGGAUAGUCUUCCUCGGUUAAGGAGGUUUUCACCCAGCCAGGUUCCUAUUCAGACUAGGUCCUUUGUAUGUUUUGGGGAUGAUGGAGAACCUCAGAUAAAGGAAUCUAAACCAAAGGAGGACGUGAAAAAAGAGGAGUUGGACUUCAGAGAGACUCCAGAACAGCAUCUACAAAACACAGAGGAAAAGGAGCCCAAACCCCGUGAGUCAACAGUGUCUGAGGUCCUCUCGCAACCUGUCACAGAGACAGUCCGUCUGACACCAAAUGAGGACCAGCUGAAUCCCCCCACAGCACCACUGAAACCUGUUUUCCCACCCACUGCUCCCAAGAAUGUUAAUCUAAUAGAAGUUUCCCUCUCGGAUUUAAAACCCCCUGAAAAGGCUGAUGUGUCUAUUGAAAAGGAGGAUGGAGAAAGUGAUAAAGAACAAUGUGAUGAAGAGCAGAAAGUCUGCUGCGGGUUCUUUUUCAAGGAUGACCAAAAGGCAGAAAAUGAUAUGGCAAUGAAACGGGCAGCUUUGCUGGAGAAACGAUUAAGAAGGGAAAAAGAGACUCAGCUUCGAAAACAGCAGCUAGAGGCAGAAAUGGAGCAUAAGAAAGAGGAGACAAGGCGUAAAACUGAGGAAGAACGUCAGAAGAAAGAAGAUGAGAGGGCACGCAGAGAAUUUAUUAGGCAGGAGUAUAUGAGGCGCAAACAACUGAAACUAAUGGAAGAUAUGGACACCGUAAUCAAACCCCGUCCACAAGUAACAAAACCAAAAAAACAGCGUCCCAAGUCUAUUCACAGAGAUCAUAUUGAAUCCCCAAAAACACCAAUAAAAGGUCCUCCAGUCUCUAGCCUUUCCUUGGCAUCCCUGAACACAGGCGACAGUGAGAGUGUGCAAGCAGGGAGGCGGACACCAAGAUCAGAGUCUGUCGAAGGUUUCUUAUCUCCAAGUCGUUGUGGCAGUCGAAAUGGAGAGAAGGACUGGGAGAAUGCAUCCACGACGUCUUCUGUGGCUUCAGGGACAGAAUACACAGGACCAAAGCUCUAUAAAGAGCCCAGUGCAAAAUCUAAUAAGCAUAUCAUACAAAAUGCAUUAGCUCAUUGCUGUUUGGCUGGCAAAGUAAAUGAAGGUCAGAAGAAAAAAAUAUUGGAGGAAAUGGAGAAAUCAGAUGCCAACAAUUUCUUGAUCUUGUUCCGGGAUUCAGGCUGUCAGUUCCGUUCCUUAUAUACUUACUGCCCAGAAACUGAAGAAAUUAGUAAGUUGACUGGCAUAGGCCCAAAAUCUAUCACUAAAAAAAUGAUUGAGGGACUUUACAAAUAUAAUUCUGACAGGAAACAGUUUAGCCACAUACCUGCAAAAACCUUAUCUGCCAGUGUUGAUGCAAUUACCAUCCACAGCCAUUUGUGGCAGACCAAGAGACCGGUAACGCCAAAAAAACUCUUACCUACUAAGGCAUAGUAGGAGCCAGAGAUACUUGCUGAGAACAUUUGUAGUGAAUUUGCACUUCAUCUUUCCUGCCUAUUAAGAAUGUUUCUAAUUGCCAAUAAGACUUUGAUUCAUCGAAACUGGACAUUGAACUCAGAGCCAGGAAUAACUGGAAUGUGGCCCACAGUGUGGAGUGCAGAAAAGUCUCACUGAGGAGGCCGAUCGAAGCGAUGAAGGGAUCAGCCAACAGAGGUUUGUGUCUUUGGGUUCACCUGCUUGGUAUUAGAUACAGUGAAGCACUGAAUUCGUAUGGACAUUAGUUGGACUUAAUUGUUAAAAUAUGGCUUAGAUCACAAAUUAUGUGUUCCAUUGUUGCUUUUUUAACUUUUUAAUGCAUAUAUUCAUUUUCAGAUGGUUUAUUUUGCUAAUUUUAUUUCCUGGGUAUUUCUUCUAAGAUACCUUUGAAUUUUGUUUCAUAUGGAGCUAUUGAGAAUCAGAACUAUGCCAUCAUCGGUAACUUGCACCUUUCCUAUGAUGUUCAGAGAAACACUAGUGUUUGGUUUUACAAUAACCCUGUUAUAAUGGUAUUAGGGCACCUGCAAGAAUUAUUCUGCUAGUAUUUACAGUUCUGUAUUUUUAUUCACACAAGUAUUAACAUUUCUUCACUAAAUAAAAGGAGGAGGUGUUGUAAAGAGCUGCUAGUAGAUUCGCUUUAAACCACAAGAGCUUAACCAAGAAAAUGUUUAAGUUGCUGAUUAAAUCAGUUGUUUCUUAUACUUCUGACCAACUCAGAACCAUUUAGAUUGUUGUUGUUGUUUUUUUUUUAUGAGAAAAGGCUUUUUAUCUCUUUUGAAGCAAGUCACUUUAUAAGCUGGCAGGGGUGAAUGACACUUUGAGAGUAGUUUUUCGAUCUGAAAAUGUGAAGACCACCUGCCACUGUUGAAGAGGUCUUUACCAUUCUAUUUAUAACUGAUAGAAAAAUUAUAUUUAGAAUUUUAAACAUGUACAAAGGGCUACAUUUUGAUUUUCAAGUAGCAUCACAUUGUUUUAUUUCUAUUGAGUUUUUCUUUAUCGUCCCUUUCAAGUGGAACAGCUUAGAGUAAGUACACACUUGGAUCUCCUAAGUGAUCUUUGUUCCAUUAACAGUGUACACCAGAGGGUUAGUUGGGGAAAAACCUCAUUCUCAGGAAAAGACUUGAAUGAUUACGUGACCCUGUUAUGUUUCAGUGUUGUGACAACUGUGUAAGCUUAGGGGGGAGACAGUAUUGUUCAUAGAUGAGAUGCAGAGCUUGUUUGCUUUCGUGGGAAGUAGAGACAUUAAACACAUUUCUCUAAUUGUUGUUUAGAGAAAUAACUAGUAUCUCAUAUGAUGUAUUUACUCAUUUUUUAAAAAAAGAAUAGGAUUGAGAUGUCCCUGAACUGUACUUUUCUAUUAUUAUUAUAAAACCUUUUAGGCAUCAGUGCAUCUGGAUUAUCAACAUUUUCUCAAAUGCUGUCAAUAUUUUACUGUAAUUUAUGUUCUUAUAUUUAUGUAUAUUUGUUAAAACUGUAAAAAAAAUUUACAGAUUUUUUUCCAAUAUCUGUGCAAAAUAUAUGUGUAGCUCAAAACUAUUUGUGAUCUACUGUUUGCAUGUAAAAGAUCAGGAUAUGUUACUCCUGCUUUAAGUGCAUACAUAUUGUGUAUAUAAUAUUAUUGAAAUGGGGAAUUGUACAUUUUGAUCUUCCGACAGCAGUUACUAUCAGGAGGAAAUGGUGAUCAGAUAUAUACGUGCUUAGAUUAAGACUUGUUUAAAAAAGUAGUGAGUGAACUAAUCAAAAUGACAAGUAGCAGUCAAUUAACUAUCCCUUAUCAUUGCAUCUUUACUUGACAAUAAAAUUGACCCCUAAAUAUAUAUUGACAAUGGAGAAUUUAAAUGAAACAGGACAACUCUUUAAAAUUCUUAAAUUUCUGUGCAAAUAUGUCUGAAGGGAGGGUAUGAGUGCUGCUGCAAAAAUGUUCAUGGCUUUUAGGAUAAAAUUUUCUUGAUUGAUGCAGAAGGAAUAUGGAUAUAUUUCUCUUUAAGUCUGCAUUUUUUUUAUUAUGGUGCAGCUUUUUAAAUUACGUUCUCCAAGUUACACAAAUAAAAAUUAUGUUUAUUUUAUGGAGACUGGAGAGUGUCACCAACUGUAUGGAAAUGCUUUGGUGCUUUCAUUAUUAGAGGUCAGAAUAGAUGUUUAUUCAGAGAAAUUUGCCAAACAUGUCUUAUCCCCAUGCAACUUACCCAAUUCUGAUGUUUGACACCGCUUUGUAGAGUUUUCAUUCCUCUUGAUUUUCGGUUUGGCUUCCAAAUGACUGUUAGAGGUGCUGCUGGCCAUUAGAGUGCAUGUCGGGCACUGAAGGGCAAGAACGGUGUGGGGGUGCUCCCUCUCCACAGGCUAAGCACUGUGCUGUAACUUUUGUCACACUGGCUAUUCCCUGGUACCGUGUAGUUUCCCCCUUUUGUUUGAAUAAAAGCAUGGCACCAAA